AAUAAUUAUCUCUAAAAUUAAACAACCUUCACACACAAAGUACGCACCACCACAGGAUUGAAAGAGAACGAGAGAGCAAGCCAUUGCAGGAAAUGGCGAUUCCAGUGACGAGAAUGAUGGUUCCUCACGCAAUACCAUCGCUUCGUCUCUCACAUCCAAACCCUAGUCGCGUUGACUUCCUCUGUCGCUGUGCUCCAUCAGAAAUCCAACCACUUCGGCCUGAACUCUCUUUAUCUGUCGGAAUUCACGCAAUCCCUCAUCCAGAUAAGGUAGAGAAAGGUGGUGAAGAUGCUUUCUUUGUAAGUAGUUAUAGAGGUGGAGUCAUGGCUGUUGCAGAUGGUGUCUCCGGUUGGGCUGAACAAGAUGUUGAUCCUUCCUUGUUCUCUAAAGAACUUAUGGCUAACGCUUCUCGUUUAGUUGAUGACCAAGAGGUCAGAUAUGAUCCUGGUUUUCUCAUUGACAAAGCUCAUACCGCAACUACUUCUAGAGGUUCUGCCACAAUUAUUCUAGCUAUGCUUGAGGAAGUGGGUAUUCUCAAAAUAGGCAAUGUUGGUGACUGUGGACUUAAGCUUCUUCGGGAAGGUCAGAUUAUUUUUGCCACUGCUCCACAAGAGCACUAUUUUGACUGUCCUUACCAACUAAGCUCUGAGGGGUCUGCUCAAACUUAUCUAGAUGCAUCGGUAAAUAAAUCCUUACCACUCUUCAUGAUUUGUGCUAGUAUUGUACCUUUGUAUCAUUUUUUUUGCAUUUCAAGCAGUUUAGCAUAGUGGAAGUACAGAAGGGAGACGUGAUCGUGAUGGGUUCAGACGGACUUUUCGAUAAUGUGUUUGAUCAUGAGAUCGUUUCUAUAGUGACCAAGCAUACAGAUGUUGCAGAGUCAUGUAUGUAUAUGUAUAUACCAUCUCUCUUGAUUUUUAGUAAGUUACAUGUUUUUUGGUAUAACCAUUACAGCAAGGUUAUUAGCUGAAGUGGCGAGUAGCCAUUCAAGAGAUACAGAGUUUGAGUCUCCAUAUGCAUUAGAAGCAAGAGCCAAGGGGUUUGAUGUUCCUCUCUGGAAGAAGGUACUAGGAAAGAAGCUUACAGGAGGGAAGCUUGAUGAUGUCACUGUGAUCGUUGCCAAAGUUGUUAGCUCAUGAAUCACUCUGUUCAUGAUAAGAUCUUCUCUUUAUUCUUUUUGUACAAGUCCUUGUAAGAAACUUGUUCUUCACAGAAAUUGAUAAAUGGUAUUUCAAAGUUCAAACAAUAAGAAUCGAAUCUUUAUCA